AUGCAAGCGGCACCAUCAAACGCCUACGCAAUGGACUACAUCCUGCACGAAAUCACACCGAGCUUUUUCAUCUCCCAAUCCGUCAAACUCAACAAACUCCUCAACACGGUGGUGCAGGAAUCCACGACAGCAUCGGAUCCAGAAGCUGGUAUUGACUACCUCCAACUCACAGAGAUUUUGUCUUCGCUUCUGGAAGAGUCUCAGAUCUACAGCAGCAUGAGUGCCGUGGAACUCCAGCAGAGAAGUGCACAGGCGCGACUCUUGAUCACGAGGCUGCGGAGUAUUGAAUUGGCCAUCACGGGUCGGAAAGCGAGGGUGUCGCCCAUGGCGGGCAGUCGCAAGCGGAGCCGGACUCCGGAUGAUGAGGAUGAGAGUCAGCAGCAGCAGGCUUGUCGACUUCGCGUGGAGCUGGAAACGGAACAGGCGGAAGAUGGGAUGCCUGUGUUCGAGGGCCCUUUCGCUGAGAUGGCCCCGACGACUGAGUACAGGCAUCGCGAUCAAUGUGCUUGGUGGAUGGAGCCAUAUUAUGAUUGA